AUGGUGAAGAGAAAAGAAACAAAUACACACAGGUUUAAAGGAUUUUUCGAGCGCAUUUCAGCUAUUAAAAUCGAUGUGACUCACAGAAUCCAAAGAAGCACUGAGACACCAGAGGAUGAAGACACGUUCUUUUGUGAAGCACUUGCCAAAUGGACGGAGCUGAAUUGCACUCUACACUUUCAAGAAUUUUCCUCAGAAGUCAGAAAAUAUGUUCAAAGUCUAGCCCAGCUUGUUCACCACAAGAACGAAGUCAUAGAGCGAUUAAAAACUAAUCUACAAGUGAAUGGAAGUCUCGCUUUGGAGCCCCUGUUGGAUCUGGUCGUUCAGCUGGCCAGAGACUUGCAAAGCGACUUCUAUCCUUACUUCAGUAGCUUCUUUAAUAUAUUUAUAUCACUACUGAACCGCUCUUGGCAAGAUACUCAUACUCUGGAGUGUAUAUUUGCAACUCUGAGCUAUCUUUUUAAGUUUCUCUGGAGAUAUAUGUUGAAAGACAUCCAACAUAUCUUCAGGUAGGUGAAUGUGGGUUUCUGCCCCCUGAAAAUCUGUUAACCUUUGGGAUAUAUGAACCAUUCUUGUUGGUGGACUUAUAUAGAAUUCAGGAACACUGUUUUGAAUCUAAGUUGGUCUAGGCUUAGUUUGUGGAAAUUUUUUUGUCUGUUCUUUAAUUUGAACCUGGUUUCAAUUAAUUAUAAUCAGUGACACAAUUCCAGUUUCAUUCCUAUAUGUCUAUGUGGGUUAGAGUAUCAUAUAAGAAAUCACCAGCCAGAUUAUUAGCUUGCUAACAGAAACAGUGAUUAGAUGAGAAAUAUAAAGCAAUAUGUGUCGCUGAUUAAAAUUUGCAAAUGGACAGCCAGCAAGUUUUUACCAGUCAUUUUUACUCUUGCUAUUAUAAUUUUGCAUUCAGCAAUUAAUGAUGCUUGUCAUUUUGCAUUUUGAUUCUGUGUGCAUGUUAUCCAUAUCAGUGACCCUACACCUACAAUUAUUAUGGAUAAUUUUAAUUUAUUUUUCAGUUUGUACAGUCCGCUACUUAUGGGUGAACAAAAAUACUACAUCCAGCAGUUUGCAGCUGAGAGUUUUUCAUUCCUCAUGAGGAAAAGCAAAGACUGUAGCAAACUCUUCGACAUAAUUUUCAGCACACUUGAAGCACAACCAGACUUGUGUCAGGGACUUGGAUUCUUGUGUUUUGAAAUGAUAAAAGGAGUCAAAAAGCAGUUUCACUCGGCCACAGAUUCUGUUUUACCUGUCUUGUUUUCAAAAACUGGAGCCUUUCAAAGCAAGUCAGUAGCCACUAGUUUGAAAUGGGAAAUGGUAUGUACAGCUUAUUUACCUUUUAACCCCUAAGAGUGACUAACAUCUUAUUUCUCCUUACAACAUCAUCCUUGAAUCAGACAUUAAGGUCAUGAGAAUAAAGAUGAUCACCAACUAAAGAAGUUCUUGAUCGUUGAACAAAUCCUCCCUGUCAGAACCCUAGGAAAUGUUGAGGGAGUAGUAUGGAGAAUAUGCAUACUGAUGUUAUAGAGUAAAAGGUUAAAUACUGAAUAAGAUAGAGAUUGUUAAGUCUUUGUGUGAGAGAAAUUCAAAUACUGUCAACUCUCUUCUAACCUUAAAUAGCAAAGUUUGCCUUUAGAAGGAUCAAACUCACUGAAAGCAUCUUAUCUUGAAGUGAAUCAUCAGAAUUGAUUAAUUCUUUUUUUCUCUCUCUUCUUUUUCACCUUGAAAGGUUUACCAGUCACUUGUGCACAUGCUCAACAGUAUGGCAAAAUACACAGUCAAGGAACAUUGCUCAGUGGUGGAAAAAACUUUGGUUAUGGAAUUGGAGAGGUUAUGGAGCAUUUGGAAUAAAAAACAGCAUGACUUUGAUCAAGCAGGUUCUCUGCAGAGUCAGAUAGGUUUCACUCUACAGCUGACUAAUGUUUGGGUUUCCUACAAGUCUGGUAGCUUGAUUUCAGACCCAAUAAAGAUAUGUGAUGUAAGUACAUGUAUAUAUUGGCCAUGUCAUUUUGUUUUGUUGCUAGGCAAACCAUCCAGAAUUUACAUAAUUACAGUUUAUCAGCAAAUUGUUUGGGCAAACCUCAUAAGAUGGUUACCUGAGAUGGCUAAGGCUAUCCCAUGCAAGGGGAAUAGCACCAGACUUGUUGCUUACAAUGCAGCUCAAAGAUAAGUAAGUCAUAAAGCUCAAGCAAAAUACCUUGUGCGUACUGAUAUUGUCAUACAGUGUGCACCUAGACACAUAAAUAAGAUGUUCACAUGUGUGCUCACACCUGUCAUUAGUGUGUAUGAGUCAGCCAAUUGUUUUCUCUUUUGUGGAAUGGUCCUUAAUGCUGUUAAUGCACAUUGCACUUUUAGUAAAAAACUGAGAUUUCUAGAGAAGCGGGGAACUACUGUUUGUGUUAAUACCCUUCCAUGUAAAGAAGCUUGCUUUAUGAAUUGCCCUUCCACUUUCUUGUGGAGCAUGACCACAUUUUUUGUUUUGUUUUUAUGUUUUUAAUUUCAGGUUGUCCAGGCAAUAAUGAUUAUUUUCAAUUAUUUUUUUAAGGUUGUUCAGGUGAUGAUUGUCCAGGAUUUCGUGUCAGAUGACAUUGCCUCUUCCUUGUUUGAACUUAUAUCAACACUCCUGCAAACAUCCUCCACAGAACUCUCCAGGGAGAGACACCAGAAACAAUUGACUUCGAAAGUAUUUAAGACAAUAGAGAGUCAAGAGCAGUUGUUUAUGUUUUGUAAACGUUUGUUAAAGUGGGAACAUUUCCAGAGAGAUGCUUUACCUUCUUUGUUGAACUUUUGCCAAGAAGAGCUGCUCAAAGGUUCAUCUAAAAUUCAAGAUAUUAUUCUUAUUCUGACAGAAGUCAUCUUUCAAACUGCAUCUGCAGAUAGCGGUGGACUUGAUUUGGCACGCUUGAAAGGGUUGCUUUUUUUCCCAAAAUGUGGCACCAGGCAAGGUGCAAAGAUUUUAAAAGUGUUCCUUGAUGCUGUAACAAUAGAAAACAAAGCUGUCUUGGAUAAAAGCAAGCUUUCCCUAACAUGGAGUUCUCUUGUAUGCAUUCCCUGUAUAAGGUAUGUUUAUAUUGAUUUAGGUACUUUUACCAGGUUUCUUUAUCAGUGUUAUAAAGUUGACUUACAUGUAACAACCAUGGUAGAUUUUAAACAAAUUGAUGUUUUACAGACUAGCCCCUGGUCAAUGUUAAUUGGGUUUUCUUUGCUGGGACAAAAUGCUAAUGCUUGAGUGGGUGAAUGAAAUAAGAGUUAAAGGCACAUAAUUAUGAAUUUGAAUGCAAAGGAGUGGGAAGUGGGUAAGGGUUCUUCUUUACUAUGUACUAUGUACAAUGUACCUCCUCCUUUACUUAAAAUGUCCAAAAACAAUCAAACAAAAUGGUUGAGGUCAGACUUUCCUUCUCUAAGCCAAGGAUUCUUUUAGAAAUACAAUGUGGGUUUGUAAGCAUUUUAAUUGUCAGUCCCUUGUCCUGUAGAGGUGAAUUCAAUUUGAUAUUCUUUAGUCUUAAUUGUUUAAUACAAAUCCCAAAUUAUUAUGUUGAACAAGUGAAUCCAAUCAAAUCGAGGACAGCUUAAAACACAAUACAAGAUUUCUUAAUGUAAGCUGCCUUAGUGAAAGUUAUUGUUAAUUGAUUACCUAGUUAAGAAAAUCAGUGUCAAAGACUAAUUACUCUAAACUCAUGACAAAAAUAAGAUAAUCAAGUUCAAAAAUUAGCACUGAACUUAUAAUAAAAAUGAGUAAAUAUUUUCUUGCAAAGGACUGACAAGGAGUCAGACUCCCUAGGAUGUUAGGAGGUAGUUCAUUCCAUGAGCAACAAACCCUAGAAUAAAAAAGGAAUUAUCUUAAGUCCCUGUUUAACUAAAAGGGACAUCAAGUGUUAGAUAAUCAACAUUUCUCAAAGGCUUGUUGCAAGAGCAAAACAAUACAAAGCCCAAAAUAUCUAAAUCACAUAAAUUCUUCAAACAUUUUAAAAAAGAAUACUAAAUCAUGAAUUUCCCAAUGAUAUUGUAAAGGUAAUAAAUUUAAUUUACUAAGGCACUCAUGCUCAUAUGCUUUGUACAGCUGACUACUUUGUUCUUGGUGUUUAGUCCUUUAGAUGUUCCUCAGUGUUGUGACAAGCUCUUGAGUUUUAUUGGCAUCUUCAGUGAACACCUGCUGGCAAAUACAAGUGCUGGGGGCAGUGCCCAGUGCUUGAGUGUUUUAGGUCAGGCAAUUCAGUCUUACAUUUUAAUCGUGGCUGACGCAGAGGACAUUGGCAAGAAUUUGGACUUCAAGUUCAUAGUAUCACUACUCAGGUGAAAAGUCACUUGUCCUUUCCAAAUCCCUGCUAUACUGUGGUCUUGUGCUGUAGUACAUCCAUGUACUUAUACGUGUAAUUUGAAGGAGAUUGUGGGCCCAACAUUUACCACAUUCAGUAGGGUGUUUUAAAUUGUAUUUUCUCUGGGAUAUUCCAAUUCCUGGCAUGCAUAUUUGUUGGUCCUCGGUAUGUUUUAAAUUAUAAGACUAUAGUGUACCUUCUAACCUGUGGCUCUUUGUCCAGAUCCUGGCCAGACAAUGUCCAUAUUCUUCAAGCUUGUCAUAAACUUACGGCAGCCUCGAGGCAGCAAGUCAUGGGAAAUGUCCUUGUUGAGGAAAACCUUCAGCAGAUAUUUCCCUACCUCCGUCUCAAUUUGUGUUCUUCAAGUCACUUUGUGCGUCUUCUCACUCUUAAAAUUUUGGCAAGUUUUGAGCAGCUUGGAAGGAGUUCAUCAAACAACAAGGUGCAGUGCCAUAUUAACCUUUGAUGAAUUAUUGUUCUAGUACCUACAUGUACAGCUUGCUGUUGUACUUUAACUGUUGAAAGCUCCCAUCAGUAGCGUGCUGCGACUGUGAUUGGGAAGGGAUUGGGGCGGGUAAGCUUUUGAUAGACGGAAGAGCAUGUAAUCUAGGGAAAGUAGGAAUACAAGUGUACUCCUAAUGGCUGAGUUGAAAACGUAAUCUCAAAAUAUGUUGAGUCAUUUUUACAUGGAAUAAAUGAUUGCCUCAAAUUACGAGGAAAUCGUGAAACAAUAGCAAAGUAAGUAGGGUAAACAUCAAUAAGGUAGACGCAUACGAUAAAGGACAAAGGGUGUUUGACAAUGGAGACGGUUAACAAUGAUUGCACAUGGCGAACUUGAAAAAACUUUUAACCGCAAUUAAUGUGUACUUGAGAAAACUUCUCUUUUUUUCUGCAGCCCUCUGACUCCUUAAGGCCCUCGUUGUUUCAAACGUGUCUCGCCUCUGAGGAACUUCCAACACGUUUAGAGUCGUACAGAGACAAGCUGGUGUGUCUACAGAAAAUCCGCUUCUCUUCAACGUUUUACGACGAUCUGGCAGAUCUCUACAGAGAUGCUGCUGUGCUUUACUUGUGCGGAAUGCUUUGUGUGAACUUCAGUCCCCUCUGGGAUCCAGUGAUUGAUAUUGUUUCAAGUUUUGCUCGAGGCUCGAAUGUCAAGAACUUUUGGAGGAUAUUCAGUGAGCUACUCAACACAACUUCUGACAAAACAGGUGCGUGUUUGACGUACAGUGUAGAAUUGUAGGUGCGUUUUUUCAACCAUUAACUCUUUAUGAAGUUGUAAUCUUAUUCUUAUGGCAAGAGCAUUAUAUUAAGACGGUGAAUUAAGUCUGGUGACGAAGGAUGAUGGCUAAUGAUGGUUAUUGAUGUUUACUAACGGUGAAUUGUGUCUUGAUGAUGAAACAUGUAUAAUGAAUGGUAUGGAAUAAUGGUUAAUGAAAGUGGAUUAUUUCUAAUGAAGGUGGAUGAUGUUUAGUGACAUUCAGUGAUGUUCAUUAAAAAUGGAUGAAUUAUUAUGACGGUCUGUAAUGUUUAAUGACGGUGAACGAUAUCUAAGGAAGGUAAAUAAUGUGUGGCGAGGGUGACAGUUGUACAGUUAUGGUGAAUCAUGUCAAGUGACGAUGAAUGAUGUAUAGUGAUGGUGAAUGUUAACUGCUGGUGGUGAAUGAUGUCCUAUGACUUGGAGUGAUGUAAAGGUGAGUUCUUGUGAGAGUGGUAUAUGAUGACUGUAAAGAAUGUCUAAUGACGGCGAUUGUUGUCUGACGAUAAGGAAUGAUUUCCAAUGUGUUGAAAAAUGUUAAGUGACACUCAUUGAGGUGUUUAGAGGGAAAUUAUGUAUUUUUCCCUCGACUCAACAGUCUCUCUGUACGUUCCCCUUAGUUUCCUCUAUGCAUCCACAUUGUAACAGCUGAUAACUGCUAAAUCAUGUACGUUUCAGAAAAGAAACUCGGAGAAGAAAUGGAUACGAGCAGCAGCGAACAACCAGAAAUGGAGAAUAGUGAACAAAACUGUUGUAAUUCUAAGAAGUGCCUUGAUGAAAUAUUUGAGAAGUACAACAAGGCUUCACUGGGUUCACGAGAUGAGACCAGAGAAGAUCCUGUUAACUUCCGGCAUCUGCUGUGGAAAGCGAUGGCUUCUUUUCCGGAAGUUGCCGAGCAGAAAUCACGUGAUGUGGUACCGCUGUUUAUUCGAUUUGUGAGGUGAAUACUACUUUGUGCAGAGAAGAAUGUAAGAUGAAUUUAGAGGGUGGCAUCUCAUCAAGUUUUCCAGUCUCCACGAUACUUUAGGCGGUCUUGUAUUUCAGAUUUUCAGAACAUGAAAAACGCCCCAAGUUCAACCUAACAGCACAUGUAGUCCAUCAUGCAAGUGUCCGUUUUUGGAUCGUGUGCUGCAAUAUAAAUGUAUUAAGUACGUUUAUUUUCGCUUUAUUACAGCAACGAAUACUUUGUGGCAAUGGAAAACGUUGCUCCCUCGCAAGACAUCCGAGUCAAACAGCUUUCUGAACCACAAGGAUCCCUGGCAGAGGUCGAUCAGUCAGACUCCAUGGAGACGGAAGUGGAUCACAUCAAUUCCAAACCACAAGAGAAUUUGCACAAGAAGAGACAUAAGGCGGCCACAAAGUCUCUUUGUACUCAUCUGAGCCUCUUUGCAGCUUUCAAGAACCCGAAAGCUCUCUUUAAAGAACCCCAGUUAAGGGAGUUAUACUUGAGAUUUGUAACUCAUAGAGAGGCUGAAGUACAAAAGCUUGCAGUACAGUGCCUGUGGACUUACAAGUUUGAUUAUCUAGAGCCGUACAAAGAGGCUAUUGAGCGCUUGUUAGGCGAUGAGAACUUUCGAGAUGAGAUGGCACACUUUUCAGUUGACGAGGAUAGCGGCAUUGUGACGAUGAGUCAUCGAGAUGGACUAAUGCCAGUGCUCAUAAGGUUAGUUGCUGAAUACUUUCGUAGCAAACUGCUCAAUGUUUUGCUUUUCGUUAAUGAGGUAUAUUUGACCGCCUGAUGUAAAUUUUGCUCCUUUUUCUCUGCCGAAGAGCCAACGUUCGGAACUUCAACUCUACCAAUAUUUCCGGUUACGGUAAAUUUAUUUAUUUCAAUGUCGGUAUCUGAGCAAGUGCGCACCUGCCCCUACCCUGACCCAACACUAACCGUAACUUCUUAUCAGUUGACUUUUUGGGUUAGGGAAGGGGUAAGUGCGCAGUUUCUAAGGUACUGACGUUGAUAGAUCCAUUUAUUUUUAUGAAUGCCACGUUGAUAAUAAAACAAGUGCUAUACCUUCCAACUGAAGCAGCACGACAGCUUAAGAAGCAGUUACUACAUGUAUGUUUCAUGUUUUCUACGAAUCGUUCUAAUUUUUACGCGCUCGUUCAGCAAACGCUUGACUUGUACAUAGCAUUUACAGAUUCACUUUGAAUGUAUGUGACACACGCUGUUUUGUUUCUGAUACCCAGGCUCUUGUACGGCAAGAUGCAAAGACUGACCGGUACAGGAAGUGGAGGACGAGCAGGCGUGGGAGUGAGGCGAGCUGUCGUGUUGAGGUUCCUGGCCUCUUUUCCUCAGAAAGAGAUACAAAUUUUCAUGGACCUGAUUUUUGCGCCAUUUAAACACCUUUGUAGAGGUAAAAAGGAUCUCCUCUUCAUCAUAGGUUUUCAUGUAGGUGGCUCUCUGUAUCUACCAGGCCUGCUCAAGUCGCAAGUUUUCUUUUUCUCAAGAUAAGCAUAUUGGCCCGAUCCCUUCGUCGCACUAAAGUGAAAAAAAUUUGCUCUGGCAAUCACUGUUUGACUUUUGAUUUCUUAUUUCAGCAGAUGAUGCAAGUGCGAUUGUUACCGUGGCAACAGACCUCUCCCGUGUUGUCCCUCUUAAGAAACAGCAAGGAUUUCUGGGAAUGGUGUCUCAAAUCCUGGAUAAGCUGGGCAACCUGGCGAGGUCGUUUCUUCCUUCCAUUCUGCAAAUUAUUCUGUCUUUGCUCUCGACAUGUGUAUUUGCUCUAGAACAUCGGGAAAAGGUUUGUUGCCUUCAGAGAAUAAUGAACACUUUGUAGUUUCUAGCAUAUAAGAUGCCCUUUAUUAAACGUUCAAAGUUUUCCUUUGAUUGAAGUCUUUAGCCACUGCUCCUAACCCCAGGACCUCGAUCGAAUCGUCCAUUUUGACUUUAAGUGCUAAAGUCGUUCUUAAAAAGUGGUUUACCAACGUUAAACUACACGUACGUUGCUCUUUAGCAGUAGGUACUCUAACCACUCUUUACUUGACAAUUUGAUAUCGUGUUGCCAGCCGAACUUUGAAGCCCAUUUUUAACGUGCUAAUUUUUAAGUUUAUAGAAAAACUAAUUCCAGUAUAACUCAGGAUACGUCAAGUAAUUAGUUUUCAGUGAGGUAGCCACUCCAAAACUAACAAGAAGCACUUUACCCUCAAUCGAACUUCCCUCUCCACUCUGCCACUUUCUGAAUAUGUGGUACAUGGCGGCACCCUCAAAACUUUUUCUAAUACAGUGCAUUAGGUUUAUAUGUAUAUUCUUAAUUAUUUUUUCUUGCUUUUAGGUGCAACCAUCACUGAUCUCGCAGCUGAAGACAAUCCGACAGAUGGCUAUCAUGCGCUUGACGGAAUUUUUUGAGUCCAUGGCGGAUUAUGACUUCAAACCUAUUUGUGACGCCUUGUUCUCGUCUGCCGUAUGGCCUCAGGUAGUUUUCAUCCUGUUACAAGUUCGCUCCCAUCACGACAAUUUCGCCCCACCAAAUACAACACGUUCACUCCCACCUUUACCGCCCCAAUUAUUUCAACUCCUUUCUACAUGAUAAAGCAUGUUCCUUCUCUGACGAAGAAAAAUCUAUUCUAUCAAAAUGCGAAUUGAUUGUGAAACUAUGGGAAAGUUCGAUGAACAUGCAAGUUUAGAGCUUUGCUAACUCACAUGCGACUGCAUAUGAAAUGCAAAGCCUAAUAUGGCCUUUAUAUGUUCACCGGCCUUUAGGUACGUGAUUUGACGCUAUACACAUUAUUCAUUUAUCGUGAUAGGGCCUGAGAAACAGGUCAGUUAUAUAAAAUCUAAGCUUGAUGCAGCAAGUUUUCAAGCUGACUAUAGGACUUACUGUAAAUAGUGACUGUGUCUACAACAUCGAUUACUCUUCCAGAUAGAGAAAUUAAAUCAAGAGAGCAUCCAACACCCAACUCCAUUGCUCAAGCUCCUGUUCACUUGGUCAAAGAAUUAUCGUUUGUUUCCCUUGCUGUCAAGAAAACCAGUCGAGAAGCCCAACCUGUCCAUCAUGUCAUGUGUGUUCGAGUGUCUGCGCGUUCCGUCAAUAUCAUCGGAAGUAGUUGCCAUGGUAAUGGAAAUGGCGGACAAUCUUCUUGAUGCAAGUCAAUUAGAGGCGGAUGAUGAAGAAAAUGAUUUGAUGGAUUGUGGCUCUGAACUGGGGUGAGAGAAAUAUUACUAGUCUGUUUAAUGAUUUUCAUCUUUAUGACCAACCUAUCCUAGCUUACAGAACACCCCUUUUUUCGUUUCAGCACACGCGCGAAGCGCUAGCUGAACAUGUUUCACGCGAAGGAAAAAGACGGAAGGGAACACUUCCUAAUUUUUUUCUUUGGUUCCCUGUCGCCUUGUGCCCAUGAGUGACUCUCGCUAAGCCAAAAGGAAACAGAAAAUACUGCUACGAAGGCUAAACCCAAUCUUGCAAAGUAUUUCUCUUGUGGGUUUUACCAUAAAUCCAUGGCUUUUUUAGUGCCGGAAUCAUUUUCAACAAGAAGUUAACCAAUUGGAUGAAGAAAAGAAAUUAACUACUUUACUUUUUUACGCUGGAAAUUACUCCAAGCAUUUCUUACUGCAGCUAACUUUCUACUAAAUCUUUGUGCUGGUCAGGAAACCCAGGGGUGGUUUGAGUAUAUUCUUAACUUUCCUUUUUUCCUUCUUUCAGAAUAUUUUCGAGCUACGAGUUUCACGAAAGUAGACCAAGUUACGGAACAUUGUUGGUUCUCCCGCACCUCCCACAGCUCUUGGAAUAUCUGAGUCGAUCCGUACAACAAGCCAUCGACAGUUCUAAAGGAAAGAACAAAGGAAAAGAUAUGCUUCCCCAACGAGAACUUUCAGUGUUGUCUAAACUAAGUCCCUUUGUGAAAGACGCCAAUGAAUCUUCUACUCUUAUAGAGGUACUGCUACCAUUCAUGAGCAGUUAUCAAAAAGAAGAGACGGCAAACAAUAUUUUAAAAACUGUUAAAAGUCUUCUGGUGAACGUUGAAACUCCCAGAAACUUUGUUUCGUCUUUAUCGAAGCUUUUCUCGCAGAUAAUCGUUCGUAGUACAAGGCAAUGUCUAUGUGACGUGUUCCUUGAGAUGGGGAAUAUCGAUUCAACUUUCUCUUCCGAGAGUUGCGACAUUCUUGCUGAUUUGAAUUCCUGGAAUCCUCAGCGCAUCGAAGAACCUAAUUAUGAUAGAAGACUCACCGGCUUUGCAAAUGCCAAGCGUUUGAUUGGACAAGAUGCCCUUAAAACCGAGGAGAUUCUACCAAUACUACGCAACUGCAUUUAUUUUGUUUUAAACAGCGAUGAUAUGUCAAUUCGAGACAGUGCUGGCAGCUGCAUGAGCUGUGUCGUGCACAAUAUUGUCCAGCGAAGUGGAGUCAACGAUGAGCGAUUUCAUGUUCUUAUCAUCAAGUGUCUGCUACCGGCUCUCAAGAGGGUUCUUGCUUCAAAGAAAGAGGUAUUUGUGUUGAAAUUUCUCACUGUUAUUUGGAAAAAAAAGGGAACCAUAGUGGUCAUAUGUUUAGCGGCCAACGGUGUCAUUGCUCUCAUUCUAUUUCUGGACCAAACCCUUUACUCUCGCACUGUUUCUGUCCACGCUCAAGAACGUUGGGUUAUCAGUGAAUAGUCAGUAAAAGGGAAGGAAUCCAAUAAAGAGGGGAGAGGAGUGGAUGGGAAAGGUAAUGAACCCUGGAUCCCUUCCAUUGUCAGUAUUAGUACUCAUAGUUGCUAUGGAAACCAUGAUAAAUUCCGGGGUGUGGGCACUAGACUUGUAUGAAAGACUUACAUGUAGUUCCUUUUUGAGAUCAAACUCUGCAACAUUUUUUCAUCAAUCCUAUUUAUUUUAAUAGGGAAAACGAUUAAAGUAUCCAUUUGAAAGUUCAAACUAAGCAUUAAUUACAAUUUUUGUCCUUAGCUUGCCAGAAACGAAUUUCUAGGUGUGCUCUCAACUAUGGUCCGCCAAUUUCAACACGAUUCUCUCUCAGACCUCAAGGUUCUCUUGGACGAUGAUCUCGAGAAAGAUUUUUUUGAAAACAUCAAACAUAUUCAGGUGAGGAAAAUACAAAGUGAGACUUCUCUUUUAAGAAACCUCUUUUCUGUCCUCAGCUUGCACUGAACAAAGAUUAAAUGCACUGACCUGUCACAUUGUCAUCGUCAGCCCUUUUAUGUGUAUUUUGCAAGGCUAAAUGCAAAGAGAAAUGUGCGAUAUUUCAAACUGCUUUCUUAACCUUAGAUAUUUUUGGGUUUAUGGAAUGUUUAGUUUACGUUACGUGUCCUUAAUUGCAAGGUAACAAAGGAAUACAGACCAUUUUGAAUUAAAUUUUGUGACGUGUGUACGGUGUAUCAAAACCUUUUUGCUUACCUUCCAUUUUGAAGUUUGUCGAUGAAUGGUGUUCUACGAAGAAAGUGUGAUUUUUGAUUUUUGAAAGGAUGGUUAAGCAUUAAUGAUUGCUAAGAACUCAUCUUCGUUACUGUGUCUUUGGCAUUUGAGGAAUCCAGCCAUGGCACAAAACAAAUCACUAUACAUUUCUGUCUUCGAGAAAAAUAGGUGGUCAAGCGUAGAAAACUGAAAUUCCAACAUGAUUAUAACUUAACAGAAUUAGGGAAAAGGCUUAUUUCUAAGGCGAGAAUAAUCUGAUCGGUUGAGUUUUAAGGUGUAUUACUUCAAUGUUACUCUUUUUCCAGCUUCAUCGUCGUAUACGUGCUCUGCGUCGCCUACAGGCACAUUGUCAGCAGCGCAGCCUCAGAACCACAACCCUUACAGCUUUCUUGUUGCCAUUAGUAACACACUGUGUUUUUGAUCACACCGCUGCGAGGGAACAUAAUCUUGUGACCGAGGCUGUCACCACUAUUGGAACAAUAUCGGCCAGUUUACCUUGGUCCAAGUAUUGCAGCCUUCUAAGACACUAUCUGAAACUGUUACCAGUUGAAAAAACUUUCCAGAAAGUGAUCGUCAGGUAAGCUGUGUAUAUUUUCAUGGAUGCAAACCUGUAUCGAUAAGGUAGAGAACUCAGGAAUGUAUCAUCAAAGAUGAUAAUAGUUGAUUUGCCACGGGAACAUCAAAAAAUUGAUGUUAAAUCUUUUCUUUUUUUCAGGAUUGUGGUGAUCAUUCUGAACAAUUUUCACUUUGACCUCAGCGGUGUUCCCAAACAGUUGGAGACAGAAAUUUCGAGAGGUGUGCAGAAUGUUAAGUCAACUGAAGUUGUCCAAGGUCUCACUUCAAUUUUCCGUACUUUUCCAAUUUGCUUCUCGGUAACAGUUUAAAAACAGCAACUUUUAAAGGUUCAGCGGUCGAGGAACUGAAAACACGAAAACCACGGUCUCACUUUCGUUGGCUUUCGGUAACCUUGUACUUCACAAGGAUUUGAUACAACAACAUAAGGAAGCAACUUCAUGGUACUUUUGUUUAUAUUUUCGUCGAUUUGCAAAUUACCAUAAAUUUGCUUAAAACAAGAGAAUACUUGACAAUGUAUGGUGAGAUAGAAAACACCAGAGACAAGUAAAAGUAAAAGAGGAGCAAGCGUGGCUGGGGAUGAUGGAGGGUAACGCAGAUUAUAAAUGAAGAACUUAAAAACAAGAAGCUAAAUUUUUUGUCCCGUCAGCCGUUAGAGACCCUCAUCAUCAAUGACGUAGAAUACGUUGAAUUUCUGAGCUGGUACACUUUCUGUUAAUGUAAUUUUCAAUCGAGUGUCAAAAGUGAUCCAGAAUUGCUCUGUUUUGGUUUUAUUUCGUUUUUUGGUUGGUCCAGACUUUCUUAAACAAUCACAUGCAAAACUUAAACCAAUCACGACUUUGUUACCCGCGUUUUUCGUGCUUUAGGUAGUUUGGUUGGUUUUACUUCGAUUUCUUAUUGGCUCUUCAGAGUAUUAGCGUUUCUUCUGGUUGGUCUUUCUGAUAACUUUGGUUUGGUUUGGUUUUUAAGACAAUAAGUUCAAAUUGCUCUAUUCUUAUAACCCUCUUUUAUUCUUUUGUCUUUUUUUAUUUACUAACUGCUCUUAUCUUAUGUUUUUGGCUGUAGAAAGCAGCAAAGACACUGAAAGAUUACAAACAAAUCUCGAAGGUGAAAAAACUGGACCUGAUGGAAAGAAAGAAGCUGAUGAUGCAGAUAAUGCUGAUAAUGCUGUCAAUGAUGAUGACAAUGAUAAAGAAGGGGAAGACGAUGAUGGCGGUCAAGCAGGAGACACUGGAAAGGACGAUACACCAGAUCUUAACAAAGAUGAACUUGCUUUGCGUAUCUACAACACAAUUACCUCCAGUAUUUUACCUCAAUUGCAAAAAUGUGUGACUAAGAAGGUGAGGGUGUAGAACCCGCAAUAAUACACGCGUUAGGCCACAAGUAGUUUAAUUGAAUAGCAAAAGUACAUCCAGCCUUUCUAUGUAUGUUGAGGUUGACGAGCUUUUAUUACUUUGACGAAUGACUUCGUUCUUCCUUACGGAGUUGGAGUGCUAUGUUGAACAUCUUAAACUAGCCUGGUCUCCCUUAAUGUUUAGAACUCAACCAGUCUUGCUUCAUCGGUUGUGUGCUCUGCAUACUGUGCUUUUUAAGAGAACUUUAAGGAAGAUUUUUGUAUUCUUAUAAACACGACCUCGGGACAAAGUAAAAAAUUCCCAUUCUUCAUGAGGAAUCAAACUUCAGACUUUCGGAUUCCUUCUGAGCCUCAGAGACUCCAGGGUGAGCCAGACCAUCACAAGGUUCGUAUUACUAGGUUUAACAAGGUGGGAAGCGUCACGUGCGAAAACAGAAUAGGAAAGAUGUUAAGAUAUUUGCUCGGUAGUGUUGACAAGUAUUUUUUUUCCUUGUCACGAGCCUGGGAAAAGAAAUGAAAGAGGUUUUGUUGAUUUAUUUAGGGUGUUCAAAAAAGUUUCAAAAAGAGUUUGCUAGGAAGAACACGUUUUCUCGUCUACAAUAAACGUAACCCUAUAAUUUUGUUUCGUUUUUUAGAACAAGUCGGCUCAUUUUCACCGAUUGAGUCGUCAGAAGGCCGAAGAUGAAGAGGAUAUAUUACGUGUUCCUGUCAUUCUCGCCAUUGUUAAACUGCUUCAAUCCUUACCUGAGCAUGCGCUUCACUUACAUCUACCCGGGUAAGUUGAUAAAAAAAUUUGCUUUCAAGCUCAUAAUUCUCUCACAUCGAUCGUUCGUCCUCUUCUUCCGGUCGGCCGGUCGGCCGGUCAUCCAUGUGUUUGUCCGUUCGAUCGAUAGUGUCAUCAAUUCCGCCGAUGCUCAUUUUUCCUUUCUUUCCUCUCUAAUCCUUUCAUUCUUUGCUCUUUUGUAACCUUGCAGCUUUUUCUUUACUUCUCUAAUUUAUGAAAUUAUGAGCGUUAUUUUAGAUCUGAGCCAGUUCUUUGUCUGUCUUUCUUGCAGUCUUCUUCUCCGUGUUUGUCACACACUGAGGAGCAGAGCACGGGAGGUCCGUGAUGCAGCGCGGGAUACGCUCGCAAAGAUCACUAUUUCCCUUGGAACCCAGUACUUCCCUUUCGUACUAAAGGAGCUCAGGAGUUCACUAACAAGAGGAUACCAGGUAAGGCAUGACUUGAUACACAGGUUCGGUGUCAAAUUAUUAACUUGUUUGAGGAGAUGCGUGCAUACGUAUUGUAAUGGGAGAACCGGAGAACUUAGAGAUAACGUUGGGAGAGAACCUACAAACUCGGCACUGGUUACGGGGAUUGAUAACAGAUCUCAGUGAGCACCACUUCGCCAUUGUUGCCGUUGCUUUUGUUGUUGUUUGUUUGUUUUGUUGUUGGUUUUUGUUCUAUAGAAAGAAAAAAAUAGAAAUUUAGAAAAAAUAUAUAAUUAUACGAUUUUUUUUAGCUUCACGUGCUCGGUUUCACCAUUCAUACAUUAUUGGACAAAAUGAGCGACAAUUUGGCCGCAGGGGAACUGGAUGCGUGUCUUCAAGGAUUAGUAGAGGUAACGCAAGGAAGCUUCGGUACUCAUUUUUGAGGAUGCUUUCCCUUUGCAGAUUAUUAUCAUACAUUUAACUUUUGUUUAUGUGUUAUCUUAAAAACUGCUCAAAUCGAGGGUGCAAGUGCUAGUUUCCCUAUAGGGUCCGGUUUUGGUCACGUGUGUGUAAAGACUACGGCUGCUCAAGUGCGUGCAGAUAGAAAAUCCGAUUUGGCGGACUGAAGUAUUUAGAGUACUCAGCUUUUUUUUCCUUUUUUUUUUCCACCGAUCCUUUACCUCUCAGUAGUGACCAAUAAAUAAUUUCUCUCCACGAUAUAAAUACAUUGUCGAACAGGCAAGUGGUGAGAAAAUAAGAAGUAUCAAAUUAUGGCCAAGAUAUCUUUCAAGUAAACAUCAAUUUCUCAAGUGUAGAACAAUUCCUCAAGAAUCACUGUUAGUCAGUAACGAAAUUUGCCAUUGAGAUCUUGUAAUAGAAGUCAAAGUAGUGGAGUGAGGCCGAAGUAACUUCGCUGUUGUACGAUCUCCAGUUAACGUGGACUGUUGCGAUUCCAAGAAAAUCGUAUGAAAUACACCGGCGUGACUUACUGAUUUCCAUAUUCAUUCAUUUUAAUCCCUAACUGAUUCACAUUUUAGUUAAUUUAAAUCUUAAAACGAGUAUCUUCGCUGAAAAAUCAGAUCUCCAGUGGAAAGUUGGCUGAUUUUCUUGAGAGAGGACUAAAUAUUGCGUUUGACUGAAACCUUUAUAUACGAGACGUUUUCCAGAGUUAUUUUUGUUCCAUUUCGGGUUCAAACAUGCCGUGUUCUCCAUGAGGGAAACCUCCUGCAAUGAAAUUUAACUCGCUUUUCUUCAAGAUUCUGCACUGGUGGUAACUCCGUUUAAAGUGCGGUUGAAUCUGAAACAGAAAGUUACAAAAAAAAAAAUUUUAAAUAAAGCAGAAUAAAAGAAAAGAUUGAACUUAACGAUUAUCACUUAGAUGUAUUGCUGAUUUUUUUUCACAUUUUACUGCUCGUGCUGCGAUUUUGAACAGUGACCUGCGAGAACGAACGAUGGCCUCCAACAAGCCAAACAAAAUGACUGAAAAACUAACUCUAUGAACUGGAAACGAAUAAUUUUAGCUUCAAAUACUGAUACGAAUAAAUUUCAUAACAUUUUUCACGAAUUAAUUCCACACGAGCGAAAACGAGUAAUAACAACAUUUUUAAACGAAACAGCGUACUAAAGAAAAACAAUAGUAAACUAAAAAGCGCUAAUGAACAGAAAUAACUGGUGUUUGGAUCUUGUACACGCAGUUCUGAGAUAUGCUAUAUUGUGAGCUGCAGUUUGAAUUUUGCACAUUUGCGUUUACCUGUUGAAGGAUCUUAAAACGUUAUUUAUUCAAUUCAUGCAGCUUGUUUGUAGGUUGCAUCUAAAUUUAGAGAUUAUGCCUGUUUUCGAGAUGAUAGUAAUGUCAGAGAAGAAUGAGCGAAGUGUAGUGAGUAGACAUUCGUUGACGAAAAGUCAUCUAUGAUGUCGAAGUUUGCAGCUGCAGCUUAACUUAAUAACGCAUCCUUUGAGACAAUUGUUAUUCUAUUCUUAUUUAAAGAAAUUGUUUAGCGUGGCCUAGUAGAACCGAUAACGAAUUAUGCUGGCCAAUUGUUGGUAGAGUUUUCCAAACUGCUACCGGAGUUUAUUUGUCUUUAUGUGAAGCCGUAAUUGCACUUUAGAGGAAGAAUUGUACAAUUUUACACCAUAAAUCCUUUAUUCACACGGCGACGUGUUUGUUCAAGAGCUUUGAAUGUCAUGGAUAGUCAACAAACCUUUUCAUCAUCUUCUUUUUACAACGAAAUCUUUUUUACUAGGUGUCAAAAGUAGUUUACUCACAUAAGAGAAGAAUUUUGUUUUUCUUAAAAAUUCAAACAUUUCCAGUGAUUUCCAACAAAAAACGCUGCUGAUUUGUGUUUCUGGAAUGCUUUUCAAAGAAUUUCGUCACCUGUCUAAAUACUUAACAGCUGCCCACAAUGUUUAACAGUCACACGACUUGACGUUUCCCGUUCCGGAGUUCAAAUCGAAUUACGCCUCCACAAAGGUACUACUGUUUAAAGCCGAAAGACAGAGAAGAAACUAUUUCUGUCGAUAUUAUUUCGCCAGAGGUCUUGAAACUUGCCUAUUUGAAGAGCUGUUAAGAAGACGAUUGAACAAGUCUGAGGUUUCUAGGCAAUUUAUUCAGGAUUUCUACACGAGUUGGCUUUCAGUGUUUCGGAGAAUUUCGGAUAUUUACCACUAGUGCACCAUAUUUACCCGGCCUGCUGUGACUAAAGUGAUAAAGACCAAACUAGAGAACGCUCUAUUAGAUGUGUGAAGGAAUACAUGUAACAAUCGGCUGUAAUUAAAUCAAUUGGAAAACGGAUGUGACUAUAAACUCGAAGGCUCAGAAUUUCAGUCCUGUACGGUUUUGCGCUCUUUUUAAGUCUUCACUUCAUAGUUACAGUUCCUCUCGCGCAAAACAGAUCCGCGUCGUCGAAAGAGGCCGGCAACAUUUAUCCUCCACCGGCAGCUUUUGAACGUGCACUUACUGACGUAUUCUACCUUUGAAUCCAAGAAGGACUGAGGUAUUAGACUGAAGAUAUUUACCUCUUUUUUACUAAACAAGUUUGGGUUUUCUUUCGAAAAUAAAAACAAAAUGACGGACAUGUCAAAUGCAACAAACGCUACAAAUCUUUACUGUGGUGCAGAUACUUCCACAGUGUCUUUGGUUGUGAAAGUGUCUUUGUAUGUCGUAGUAAUGCUGGUAUCAUUAAUCGGAAACUCCCUUAUCUUCGCCGUCGUUUUGAAGAACCGUAAAAUGCGAACGCCGGUAAAUUUCUUUGUCGUUAAUAUGGCUGCUGCGGACAUUCUCAUUACGGUGUUCUACAUGCCCAGGAUGAUUUCGCGCAUUUUGCUCGGCUCUGAAUGGGGAAUAAGCGGCAACCUUGGGCAUUUACUUUGCAAAAUUGCUCCAAUAACCCAAGAACUUUCGGCAUCAGUUUCUGUCUUAACUCUCAUUGUGAUGGCAGUGGAUCGGUUCUUUGCAGUUUUGUUUCCGUUAAAACGAAUCAUUACUAACCUGGUCGCGAAUGCGUCAAUCGCGCUUGUGUGGAUCAUCGCCGCGGCCGUUCGCUCGCCGAUGUUCUACGCUUUACGCCUUGUGCAAACUGAAGACGGCAAAACUUUCUGUGUACUUCAACUGGAAACUCAAACGGCCUCGGACGUGUACUUAAAGUUCGCGUUUGUACUCUUCUAUGUAAUUCCAUUGGUUGUUCUUACUGUGCUCUACAGUGCUAUACUUGUGUCUCUCAAGAAACGAAAGCCGGUGGGAGAAGAAUUAACCAACACACAGAGAAGAUACAAAAAUCGUCUGAAACGAACACGUAAAGUGAUAAACAUGAUGUUUACUAUUGUGUUUGUUUUUGCAUUCGGCUGGUGCCUCCACUUCUUCUAUCCAGUACUUUCAAAUCGUUACGGUUUAAAGGUGUGCAAGUUAGUGUUCCCAGCGUUCUUUCUGGGGCAUGCCACAAGUGCAAUUAACCCCUGUAUCUACUUGAUUUUUAUAGAAAAUUAUCGGCGCGGCUUCCGCGCGAUUUUAACUCCUCUUGGUCGGAGGUGCUUUAACCAAGUGAUUCCGGACUCGACAGUCGUGACACAGGAUUGUACAGAUUUUACUGUGAGACACAGGGACAGUAACAAUGAGAGCCUUACUCUUGGUACACUGGACUGUGAGCGCACCGUGAGGCCAAGAACAGUCCAAGUUCUUCCAGCACCUACUUUUUAACUUAAUUGAUAAAGCUACACCUCUAUGGCCAGUUUUUUAAACAGAGUUUGGCUGUUUUUCUCUAAAAAGUGCGCGAAAGCCAUCUCCGAGUUAGCCAAAGGUCGUAGGUAAGCGCUGGAUUUAGAGAGCAGAAACAAAAAGGCACGUGGCCCACACUGGAGAAACAGUUAUUUUCCCAAAAUGUCCGACUCCUGAAUAUAUCUCUUAGUUCAUCACUUGUCUAAACCGCCUCCCAAGUUCGUUUCAAUAACCAAAUUUGGAAUUCGUUUCAAUAACCAUCCCCUACUAUUAUUCCUGUAGCCCUUUUGUAGUAAUGAGAAAUAUUUCUCGUUUUCCGAAAAAACGAGAUACAUUUUUUAUUUCGUUUGUGGAUCUCUUUAAUGAUAAGAAGAAAAACAAAUGAAUUCAGAGGUACCUUUAGCCGUUCGCGUUUUCUGUGUAGACGUGGCUCUAAAUAUAUCAAACAUGUUACCAAUUGUUUUUUACGCUUAGUUGUUUUUAAAUUCCACUUGUGACUGUAUUACUGUGCGAUCAAAUCGACGAGUGUUCUCUUUUGUGUCAAGGACAGUCACGCCUAAAAAUGGAAAAAUAUAAUACAAAAGCAAAAUUUCGUAAGCAUCGCCGCAAAAUGUAAUGCUCACGUAGAAUGUAAUAAAGCAUUUAAGGCAAAGUGACGAAAUGUCUUGGAAACAAAAUUCAAUAGCUGUUCUAACGCAAAAUUUUAAUGAAAUAUUAAACUCAGAGCGUCACCUUUGAGAACAAAAUUCAAUAACUUCUCUAAAGCAAAAAGUUAAUGAAGUGUUAAACACAAAAGUCCAUAGGAAAUGUCCACUGAUAAAAAUUAAAAUAACUUUUGAAGGACAUAAAUGUUAUCCGAAAUCAAUUUCACGACUUAAUUACGUUUGGCCAAAAAGGGUUUUUAAGUGAAUGGCACAGUAAAAGUACAGGUUUUUGUAUCCGGACAGAUUCAGGGAUUGAUGCCUUUUUGUUGUAAUUUAUCAUUGUAGCGCUCAUUGAAUCUGUUGAUUUUUUUUUUUUUUUCGUAGGGAAGGUGGCAAUUAGAAUAAAUAAUCUAUAGCGAUAAUUUUUGGGAUUCUGACUCAAAAAACGAUUCAUUUUAAAACUUUGGUUCAUCAGAGUUCUCGGGUUGAACACACACCUAAUGUACUUAUGUAAAAAAGUUAUGUGGUAAGUUAGAAACCUGACCGUAUAAAAUGUAGAUUGAUAAUGAUAUCUGUAUAUUUCGUUCACUGCAUUGUGAAAUUCAACUAAGCACAGAAAUAAUAAGGGAGAAAUUAGAAGCUAGCACGACCAUACUCAGUUUUUUAAAACAAUAAAAAUAAUGAGAACUCAAUUUUUUCUGUUCUUACUUCAACUAAUAGUUCAGUAGUGUUCAUAGCUGCGAGGAUCUCUUAUAUUCGUUUCUUCACCGCAGUGCAUAUAUAUGAUUUUCAUAUAUGUACAAUCACUAUUCCUCAGAUGUCUUAUUUUUUCUGAUGACUCGCCUCAGCCCCAUCUAUACCAAUAUUCUUCUGACUGAUUGCUUGAAAAGGCAAAAGUUGUUAAAUUUUGCGUUGAAUACCUCAUUACACUUCCGUCGAUGUUUAUUGCAAUUUGCGAUAGAAUCGCGUAGCUAAAGGUAAACUUGCGGUCUGAUUGGCUAUUGAAGGGAAGGUAUUUGGCGUGGAAUUGCACUUAUGCAUGAAGGAAUAUUGCAGACGUGAGUCGCGAGCAAAAAUUGUUGCUGUCGUGAAAAAAAAAAUGCAACUCGUGCUACGAAAAAUAUCACUUCGGAAAUGAACAAAUUUGCAGCAAAUGAAUGUCUGCCAAAUAUUGAGAUUUAAAUUUUCGGAAAAUAUUAGGAAAUCCUCACACUCAAAAUACCACUAUUAUCCUUAAGAUAGUGUGAAGCUUGUUUAAAAAGUUUGAAAACAAACAAAUAAAGUUGUCGAAGAUUUCAACGUGUACGACCUUGUCUCUUAUUCGCUAACGCCAUGAUAGUUCUGACAGUUGACUUUGAAAUGGCUUUCUGGGGCGCGCGCUCAGGAUAAAAACAAAAAAUUACCGUUUUCUUUUUUUUUUUAUUUUUAUUCAAUUAUGCGAAUCAAGAAAAAUUCACUGCCUGGAAUUUAACGUGGAAUUCACUCGUCAGGCAGUGAAUUUUUCUAUAGUAUUAUGCGAUAUCAUAAUCAAUUCGAGAGUACCAGCAACCACUCUUUGAAAAAAAAAUGAAAUUAAAAUCUUAUUCAUAGGAUUAAUGUUUACGGAAAUAAGUCAUGCAGGUUGGAUCGCUGGUCAAUGUUUUGUUAUAUUACAAGACUUGGCUCAUGAGCGUUUACCUGCUUUGAAAAUGUGAAGUGUUUGCUUGUAGUAUUGACCUAAGAUCAGCGCCCUCUGAGUGGCUCAUGCACCUGCCUUACUCGAUGUUAAGAAUACUUUACUUAAAUGGGAAUCUGCAAUAAUACACAAUCACAAUCGAGAGUGAUACGGGUUUUGAUUGUGAACCUGUGCAUUUUGCUAUCAGAGAAAUAUUUAUUUCUCCUUCAAUUAUCAAACUCAAAAAGAAAUGAAGAAAUCUCUAAGUCUAUUGAUUGUCUGAGACCGCCGCCCGGAUUUGUUUUUUGGCGCUCUGUGAUUGGUCUAGAAAAAUCGCGCCGCCCUCUGAAUCAGUCAUAUUAAAAAGCUGAAGCUCAUCGCGACUUGGUCACUUGAGUUUCCCGCGUUUCAAGCAGUUUGCCUGCUCUUACUCUGAGUUCUCAUUGGCUAAUCAUAAUUUUCACCUUUGUUUUAAUUGGUCGCAGUUAUUACUUUGGAUUUAGUUUUUCCACAAUUACUAAAAACUGCUCUAUUCACCUCACGAUUCUACUUGACUUUGGUGUAGAAAUACGCCUGUAGGGAACUGUAGACUGUCCUGCGUUUGUAUGCAAUGCAUGCAAGGAGGUAAACAAUAAUUCAAGAAGUUCUGGACACAAAGGAGCUCAAACUGUCACUUAGCCCGACGGUUUGCUAGUCACCGAGAUUUUUUGCUUAGUUUUGCGAACCAGUGGGGAAAACUGUACAAAUAGUCAAAUAAUUUAUCCACGUUAGAUCUGCUACCAAUAGUUCUUUUAUCUUUUUAUUUUUUUCAAAGGUGCUAGUUGAGGAUUUAUUCGGAGAAGUUGCUAAAGAGCGUGAGGUGGAAAAGAUUGUCAACAAGCUUCAUGAAGCAAAAACAUGCAAAAGCUUUGACACAUUCGAAGUUCUUGCAAAAUUUGCCGGAACGCGGUCACUGACUCUUCUGAUAUCCCCCUUGAAGGAGGUGGGUCUUAUAUUUACGAUACAGGAGCAAACCUUUGUGGUUUUGGUUUGGUUUUUUUUAAAUUAGUUACGUAACGAUAUUUUGAGUGACUUCUUGUUUGCGGUGCAAAAAUAUAAUCUUUACUUAAAAAAGUAAGCUCUGAAAAAUGUAAUGACAAAAAAGAGGCAAUGAUAAAUCUUCGAAAGAAGAACAUUAAAACGGAUUUUAAUUGAGAAACCUGACGGACUUGGAAAUAUUUUGGCUGAUUUGUGUCUAUAGGCGCAAAUGAGCCAAAUUAUAUGUAUAAUCGCAAGCAGUGACGUGGUUCCUCCGCCCCAGGCGACACCCAAACGACUUCAAAAGUGGACGCAAAGUGAAAAGUGAACAUACGUUUGUUUCUAUUCACUUGAAGUCCACUAUUGUGGCUCUGUCUGGCUUACGUUUCAAUUUUGGUCGUUACUUAGCUUAGUUAGUUAAUCAUGUGAGCCCAGAGUCUCCAUAAUCUUUCUUACUUCCUCGACGUUAUUUCUUUCUUCAUUUUUUUUUGUUUUUUUUGAGGGUGAUAGGAAUUGUGACAGCUUUUACCAAAAUUUCCAAAAAAUAAAAAUACAUUUACUAAAAUGCUUGAUGGUUAAUUCUUUAAGGUUCUUGACUCCACUCAAAUUCACAAAACUGCUCGUCGAGUAGAAGAAGUCCUCCGAAGAAUUAGUGUUGGACUACAAGCGAACGCAAGCAUCACUCCGCGGAUACUGCUUAUGUUUAUCCACGGAAUAACUGGUGAAAAUGUGCGGAUGCUGAAAAUGAAGCAAGAGUGAGUGGUAUAAACAAUUCAGUAUUAAUGUAGGGAGCCAAAGAAGAGAAAGUAUUUUUCUCUUUUUUUGAGGGGGUGGAGGGAAGGGGGAAAAAAAUCCAAAUCUCUGUCACCCGAAGGAGUCAAACUGGCAGUUUCCUCGUGGAGUUCCUGUUCAAAUGAACUUGAUACGCGUAAAGAGAUUUUGCAUGCUCCUCAAGCCGUGUAAAGGAAUCAGUUUUGAUCUCUUUUCAUUAUUGCCAUGGAGCCGUUUAGUUUUUCUUUUCUUUUGUGCAUGUACCAUUUGCUCAACUCUUUAACUCCAAGAAGAAUUUCACUUUUAACUUUUCUUCACAAUAUGACGAGAGUAGAGAAACUUAUCAGCUAUAUGGUAUUAUCUUGAGUUAAGGAUAAAUUUCAAUAUGUCUAAUUUACAAAGACAUCCUGUAGCAAGUUUUUCCUAUGAAGCUCAUUUGUUUAUUUUUCAAAUGCAGGGAAAAGAAAGCAAUUUCGACUCCAGCCGAUCCCAGGCUCCAAUCGAGUAACUCGUUGUUGCUACCACCCAACCCUGUACGAGGAGGUAAUGUCCCUCAGAACAACAACAAGACAAAUCAUCACAUUCUAGUGGAGUUUGGUCUUCAGGUGGGUGAAGCAAACUGUCUCAGUCAACGAAAGAGGCGAUUAAAGUUUGUAAAAUUCCAUGUUUACAAUUUCUAAACAUUACCAGCUCAGCGAUCAGAACCUUCUAUGCUGGUGACGCGAAACUUUACCGUGAUGUUAUUUAUUGUUUAAUGCAGAAUAUUCUGUGAUAACUUUGACUGGUUUCAUUGUGUUGAUAAAUACAAAAUCCAAAUUGGAAGAUCCCUCAUGCCUCUUUUUAAUUUUCUAGUUGCUGUAUAUGCUGCUUAAACACGGAAAACUCUCGCCCUCAGACCAGGAACAUCAAAGAAUGUUGGAUCCCUUUGUGGCGCUUCUUACAGACUGCCUCAAAUCCAAAUAUAACAAGGUACAGUUUGUUGUCUCUAAGACGCAGAAAACAUGUUUAUGCUGAUUUGUCCUGAUAGUUUCUAUGUAAAGUUUACGGAUGAGCAACAACACCUACUACUGUCUUUGAGUUUUGGCCAUAAAGGAGAAAUUUGUUUUGCUUUCCCUUCUCUCUCCGAAGUCUACGUUACGGAUUCCAAGAGGAACGACAGUUCUUGUUUCCUUCCUUCGGGCAUCUCUCUCUUCAUCUGCUCUUCGAAGGGCCGUUUCCGGGCCCUUUCCACUGCUUAAAAAUGGCUCAAAUUUUCGCUGUAAUGCCCUGAUCAGUUAUAUUUUAUCUCCAGGUUGUGACGAUCUCUCUCCGUUGUGUCAGCUGGCUAGUUAAGUUUCCACUUCCGUCGUUGAACAAGCAUGUUCCCACAAUGGGAAAACUCCUCUUCAACAUUUUGAAAAACUAUGCAAAAGCCGGUGCAAAAGUUGGAGAGAACUUUGAAAUGCUCCUCUCGGCCUUUAAGGUAAGAAUGCGUGUAUUAAGUUUCAGAAUCCUUCUUAUGGAAAAUGUACUCAGUGGUAACUUUGGUAGCAGGCGAGUAGGUUGAAAUACUGGUGUGGCUUGGUAAAGCGAGCAUCAAUGAACAGGAUAUGCAUGUGUGUGGGCGCCUUACGAAAGCGAAGAUGACCACAGACAGCCUUAUUUGUGUUUCUUUUCGUUGCUUAUUAGGGCAAUCUGUGCUCGGAAUUGUCUACCACUAGAUGGCAGAUGUAUCACAACACUGAACAAGGAAAAAAGAAACUUUGUAGGGCGAAAAUUAUUAUAAUCACGAAUUUUUUUGGAAUGCAUUUUUAUAAGUGCAGAAAAUGCAUGAAAACGAUACCUUCAAGUUGUAAAAACCUUUCUCCCGAGUACUUUAACUUUUAGACUUUGAGGUGCCCCACCCAAAAUUUUGUUUGAUUAUCACUUGCACUUUGGAAGUCUUUCAAGGGAACAUAAUUGAUACAAAUAAAUCAUUGUUGCCUUUGUUGUCUUUUUCUACACAUUCUAACAGUCGCAUGUAUGUUUUCAUUUGCAGGCCAUGACCGUUGUCAUAAGGGACUUCAAGCAAUUCACAGUCGCUGAGAAACACCUGCAGGUGUUGCUGGGAUUUGUGGAGGAAGACAUUCAUGAUCACACCAAACAAGGAACAGCUUUUCCUCUUCUGAAGGUAAGUAUUUUAUCUUAUUUUGUGGGUUUUCUUCCUUUAAACGUACAAACACUGUACUCAGUAACAUCGUGAAUGAAUUACCUAGAUAAACACUACCUGGUAUUCUUUAAUACAUUUAAAACGAGGUUUCUUAGAAAGAUUUGUUUUUUUUGUUUAUUUGUUUAUUUAUUUGUUUGUUAAUUUCGUAGGCAAUUCUCUCUAGAAAACUCGUUGUUCCUGAAAUCCACGAUGUCAUGUGGAAAGUUGGGCAGCUGUCAAUCACAGGUAGUUCACCAUCUGUUCAGCUCCAGUCAAGACAGGUAAUUGCUGAAUAUUUACUCAACCAGUUUGUUAUUGGCUGCCUACCCAUGUAUUAUUACUGCUUUUUUUUAGUGACAAAUUAUAAAUAUUGUUUAUUUAUCGUAGCAGCUCAGAGUGUCCUGAAUUGGGUGGCAGCACCCUCUCGCGUGUAGCUUCUUGUAGACACUUAGGCUGUGGUCCUUUUUAUUGUUGUUGUUGUUGUUGUUGAAGGUGUUGCACUAGGUGUUUACAAUCCUAAAUUUUGUUUUACAGGUUAUGCUACAGUUUCUCCUUGAUUACCCACUAGGGACCAAACUGCAAAGAUAUCUAGAGUUUUAUGUUUCUCAGCUGAGGUGAGUAGUCCAGGUUUCUGCUCUGAGCUAGUUCACUACGCACGAUCCCUGCUGAUUGUGUACUUCUGAAUUUUUCCUAAUCUCACUCUAGCUAUGAAUACGAAACUGGUCGGGAAUCGGCGCUGGAGAUGUUGGAAUCUAUGUUUUCUUCUUUUCCAAAGGUGAGAUGAUGAAACUUCCAUCAGCCAAAUAAUUAGUUAAGGUAGUCUAACCUGCAAUCAUGGUUGUUAGCAAGAAAGACAAUGCUCCACUCCGUGGGGAACAACGACUUUCCAAACACGAAUAUAAAUUACUUCACACUUUCGUUUGUUUGGCCUAAGCAUUAUAUUUUCCUUACUUUCAAUCUUAUACGAAUGAUACCGUUUCACGAAGCAUCUCUUUUUUUUUUUUUUUCAGUCAAUGUUGUUUGACUACGCUGGUUUUUUCUUUGUACCGCUGUCCUCUCGCCUGGUAAACGAUGACUCAGCCAGUUGCCGUAAGCUGACUGCACUUGUUAUCAAGUCACUUCUUGGGAAGGUACUCACCCGUUCCGAAAACAAUGUUCGUAGAGUAUGUCGGUGUAGUUCUAGAUAAGGAUAGAUUUGUUAGCAGAAAGAUUAUCUAAUCAAGCUAUAAUCUCUCGAAUAAAUGAAUUCUUACCGCAAUAUGCUGUUCUUUGAAAACUUAAUCUAAGCCUCUUUACGAGACAUUCUUACUUUGUUUCCGAAGCUUGACGCCGAUGAGCGACAGAAGCUGUUUUCCAUCGUUCUUUUAUGGUUCAAGGAUAAAAAGGUGAAUAUUGCAAUUGAAAUGCGUUUAUGUACCUCGGCCGUUCUUAGUAUUUUUUGGUGCUGUGAUAUCAUGGACAAGAUUUAUUUUUUAAUUGAUUAUUUACGUAAAGAAAUCUCAUUUAUGUUUUCCAUAGCACGUGUUUGAUGUGACUUUCUCCAACCGCAGUGUUUUUCUGUUUCGUAGAUCGCUCUUCAUCGCCUUGCUACUCAAGUUAGUGGUCUCUUCGUUGAGGUUGAAGAAAAGGGCUUCGAGAAAAGACUUGGAUCUUUAUUACCACUUGUACGCUCUCUUAUAGUUCCAGAUCAGUUUGAAAAGGUAAAUACAUUUUUUGGACAAAACCUACUUUACGUGUAUUAUCUUCCAAGUUACGCUUUUCAACCUUUACUCUCUUUCCUAGAGGCGCAACUCUUUCCGCCCAAAGGUCGCAGCUCCAGAUUUAAUCUUAGCUUUUUCCCCUCCGCCUAAAAUUACAUUCCAAACGUUUUUUGAUAAUUUCUUGGUAGAAUGAUUUUUUUUUCCUUUUUAGGGGGCGUGCCCAGGAAAGUGGUGAACUUGACAUUUCUGAGGGUCUCCACCGGGUAAAGGAUCACCUACUUUUUAAUACUCUCUCGUUUUUGACAAAAAUUACUCAACAUUGUCAAGUUAUUAAGAAUCCAAGCCGACAACAGGAAAUGGCGCAAAUCUGGGGUGAGUAGUGACUCGAGACAGAAUGUAUGGCACUAUUAUUACUGGGUCAAUGGCAACGACAAACGUUAUAGGAAUAAUCUGAUUUGACUCGCUUCUCCUACAUCCUUAAGAUAAAUCCUGUAGACAAAAAGCGAAAAAAAUAAUUAUUACUAAGGGAAUUAUAUUCAUUGUUAUUUACAAACGACUGAAAGUAGACAGCAAUAAAUUCGUUUUUUUUUCUGUUUGCCUGUCAAACCUUAACCUUUUGCCUUUUGUUCAAGAAAUAUCACAGGCAGUCCUUAAAUUUACAUCCACGAAUUUGCCCUUGGUCUUUGUCUACUCUCCCGCACUUGGGUAGUUGUGCCUCUUUCACCAAAGCAUCUUACUCAGGUACAUCCUGGACAAGGCUCCUAUAUGAACAAUUGAGGGAGAAGUUGGCAAAUGGUCUGACUUUUGAAUAAAAAUUCGUUUUCAACAGGCGACCAACCGACGUAAAAACUCUCACAAGCUUACCAAAGUUUAUUUGCUUAUUUAUCGAUGUCUAAUGAUAUCCUUUUCUGUCUGUUUUUGUCUACCUGGAUAGAAUCUGUGGAAGCACAUUUGCUGCAUCCGCACUCCUGGGUCCGACUGGUGUCCAGCCGAUUAUUUGGUCUUCUCUUUGCUGCGUGGAAACCCGAGGACCUGGUUUCUGGUUAUCAGAGGGGAAGUUCAUUAAACUCUUAUCUAACAAAGGAUCUACCUGGAAAGGUGACUAGAACUCUAGAACUUACAAAAAUCUUGUAACUCUAGGCAGUUUUUUGUGAUUAUCACGUUACUAUGUUCCUUACCUCGUGUAGGUAUCCAAGCUUUGCGAUGACUUCUGCACUCAACUUCACUCUCCGCUCUUGGAAAACGAGUUGGGAGAGCAGGUAGGACCAAUGCCUUGUUACAUUUUUUCUGUUCCACCUUAUGCAUUUUAUUCAGACAUGGAAGAAUAAAUUUCUUGCUUUGGUUUCGCCACAACAGAUUGUCAAAAACUUGGUAUUCCUGGCCAAAACACUGCAACUCUUGGAGCUUCAAAACGAGGGGGGAGGUAAACAUGGACAAGAAAACGAAGAAUGUAUCAGUGCCGGUGAUGGAACGACUUUCUCGCUGGCAAUCCUUCUAGCCAACAUGAACAAGCUAGCGACUCAAGAGGCCUCUCAAACCCCCAAACAGACACAGAAGGUCGGUAUCAACAAUGCUUGCUCUUUUUUAUUGAUGUAAAGCAGUAGCAUAGUUUUGGUUGUCUCUGUUUUGUUUCCUUGGUAAAUUAGUUUUGAAACUAUGGUAAAGUGGUGGAAGUGUCCACCGUGAACUCAGGAAAGAGUUAUUGUGUUGUUUAGCUGUUAGGAGAAGCCGAUAAGUGCUUAUCCAUUCGGUCAUGUUGUUGAUUAUCUUUCAGAGAUCCUGUGUGUUAAGAUGGCUCGCUGCAGUGUCUAUUAAUUUGGGAAAAGAUGCCAUUGAACCGCAUCUAGUGGAUAUCCUAAGCCCAGUUUACAGAGAGUUGGAAUUAGCCUCUAGUUAUAAAGGUAACAUUUUUAAAACUUUAAAAUGAUGUUCAAUGCGAUCUAAGAACGUGAAACAAAGAGGAAUCUGAUUUCUUGAUGGGAAUUUACCACCCCUGCACUGAAUUCUGAGUUGGAAUGGUCUUUCACUGAGACACAGACACAAACUUUUCUAGAGGCGGCACUUUUCAGUAGAUGGCCAAAAGGAAUCUAGUAUUGUAGUGGUUUUGCUUUACUUUGAUCUUUGUUUGGUCCAUAAAACCCGCACCAGUUUCUUAAAUAUUUGGAUGCAUAACUUCAAACCCACUUCUUUCUAUAGAUUCCGAUUUGGUGAAACUUGCCCAGGAAGUGCUGGAACUCAUCAAAAGUCUUGUCGAACGGGAAACAUUCUCGUGGGCCUACGCCAAUCUUCAGCAAACCGCGACCGAAGCGCGGGAAACGAGAAAGAGAAAGACUGCGCUAGAGGUAAGUUGUGCAUUUUGUGUUUGACGAGGAAAAUUACUACUUUGCAAACUUAGAUAAAUGUGUGAACACAUUUUUCGUUGGUGCCCUGGCACUUCACCCACAAACCACUUGUUUUCGUCUUUUGUUUUUCCUCAGUCAGGAUGAACCAAUUUCCGUUUGUUUAUUGAAUGUGAACAUAUCUUCAGACUGGGUACCGUGUGUCUGAACACCACCAAAAUUCCCAAGUCCGGGCGAGUGUGAACAACUUUAAUGGACCCGUUUCCGUUUGAGGUCCCAAAAACGACAAACGACAAACGUGUUGGAAUUCGAGACUGGCAUGAUAGUUGCAUUGAUGUAGUGAAAAACAAAGACGAAAUUAUCUUUUUUCAGAACAUCUCAUAUUUAUUUUGAUUAUUUUGAUGAGUCAUCUUCUUCCUAUUCGCUUUAACUUCCUACAUUUCUCAAAUAUUAGGUAAUUUUCUUUUAAGUGGUGAAGAAAUUUACGCUAGGAUGUAAAUAGUGAAAUUGUAAAAAAGCAUCAAAACAGUUGAACAUUUCUCCGUCUCAUAACGUCAUAAACUAUACGUAUCUAUUGAUUUAUAAUCUUCAUAUUUUUGCUUUUUAGGCAGUGGCCGAUCCAGCAAAGAGUGCUCGUAGAAAGCUUAAAAAGAAUUUGGCGAAGAAGGUGACAAGGAAAAGGAAAAUUGAUGCGCGCAAGCCGGAAAGAAAGAUAAAAGCGCCCCGAAUGCAGGAACUUUGACUCAUACAAACACAGCAUUAUUUUUUACCUUGUGCGGGCCUAUGAGCUGCCCGCUCCUUGCCAAUUACCAAAACAAAAUCAUUUUAAAUUUGACGAAAACAUUUCACGUCAUAGUUUUGCAGUCAAGU